UUCAGUGUAAAUCGUCAUCGUCUCUUUGUCUUUGUUUUUAAAGUUUUAUGCACGUAGAAAGCUGCAAUUUUUGCCAAAACAAACAUUUCAUUUCAAUUGCGAACGUAUAUAUCAAAGCUGUAUUGAAUCUCCACAUAGUUGGACACUAAAAGCUCCUCUGGAGGAAAAACAAACAAAGACGUUAUGUCCAGCAACAACAUUUCCGCCAAUACCAAUGAAGGUCGUAGUAAACAGCAGCCCCAGCAGAUUGAGCAGACGGGUGAGGCGGAGGAUUCCCGAUGUGAAAGUGAUGAUGAGUACGCCAGCCCUCACAGUAACACGGCUGGCUCACGCUUCUCCUACAAAGAGGCUAUGAAUACUCCUCUCUCCAACAAUGUCGAUCCCAGUGGAAAUGGUUACGUGGAAGUGCCAGCCUCUUCAACUCACAUCGAAGGAGUGACUCCCGCGGAUAUGUAUGUCGAGGACCGCAUGAGAAGAAAAUUGCAGUUUUUCUUCAUGAAUCCUAUAGAGAAGUGGCAAGCUAGAAGAAAGUUCCCGUAUAAAUUCGUGGUACAGGUAAUAAAAAUUGUUCUGGUCACCAUGCAACUUUGUUUGUUUGCGCACUCGCGCUAUAAUCACAUAAACUACACCUGGGACAAUCGCAUUGCGUUCUCGCAUCUGUUCUUACGUGGAUGGGAUUCGUCGCGGGAGGUUGAAUCGUACCCACCAUCUGUUGGACCAUUUGCUCUUUAUGAGAAGAGCGAGUUUUUCGACACCAUCGACUAUGCCAUAAAGGGAUAUGCAAGCGUGAAUCGUUCAAUAGGGCCCUACGACUAUCCGACACUGGAUAACAGCAUGGCUCCCAUGAAGCUGUGUUUAUACAACUACAAACAAGGCACUAUAUUCGGCUUCAACGAAUCGUACAUAUUUAAUCCGGAAAUCGAGCUUUUGUGCGAGUCCUUGCCGCGAAACGUAACCGAAAUCGGAAUUCAAAAAUACCUGCAGCAAAUGGGCGUCGAAGUCAGUUUCUCCUCUCUGGUGAAAGCCACCCUUGUGUUUGCCAUAAAGACAAUAAAUUUUAAAGCCUACGGUGGUCCGCUGUCUGCUCCUGAUUGCUUCAAAUUUGACAUCACCAUGUUCUUUGAUAACCGCGACCACGAUGGUCAAAUGCUGCUGUCGCUUGAUGCCGAUGCCACUCGUCUGCAUUGCAAAGGCGAUGUGGAUUUUAUAUCCGAUGCGGAGUUUGACGCAAUACUCAGGAGUAUUUUGAAUAUAUUUGUGCUGCUGGUGUGCAUGCUUUCGUUUGCCCUUUGUGCAAGGGCGCUGUAUCGGGCCUAUCUGCUGAGGUGUCAAACAGUGACAUUUUUCCGCUCGCAUUUCAACAAAGAGCUGAGCUUCGAUGGCAGGCUGGAAUUUGUUAACUUUUGGUACAUCAUGAUUAUUUUCAACGACGUGUUGCUCGUUUUGGGAUCCGCUUUAAAGGAGCAAAUCGAACGAAAAUUUUUGGUGGCCGAUCAGUGGGAUACGUGUUCCUUGUUCCUGGGCAUUGGCAAUCUGCUGGUGUGGUUUGGUGUUUUGCGUUAUUUGGGCUUCUUCAAGACCUACAACGUAGUGAUAUUGACUUUGAAAAAGGCAGCACCCAAAAUAUUCCGUUUUCUGGUGGCUGCUUUGCUUAUCUAUGCCGGAUUUGCUUUCUGUGGCUGGUUAAUACUGGGACCGUAUCACAUGAAAUUCCGAUCUUUGGCCACCACCUCCGAGUGUUUAUUCUCUUUAAUCAACGGCGACGACAUGUUUGCCACCUUUGCUACAUUUUCUUCGAAAUCGAAUUGGUUAUGGUGGUUCUGUCAGAUAUACUUGUACUCCUUCAUAUCGCUGUAUAUCUACGUGGUGCUAUCUCUAUUUAUAUCCGUUAUAAUGGACGCCUAUGACACCAUUAAACGCUAUUACCGGGACGGCUUCCCAUUAUCCGAUCUCAAAGAGUUUGUGGGCACUCGUACCGAAGAAGAUUUAACAUCUGGAGCGUUCAUGAACAAUAUGGACGACUUUGAGCAAAGCAGUUUCCUAGAUGUAAUACGCAAAUUCUUCUGUUGUAGGCAUUGCCGCAAUGGUGAUGCCACAACUACCUCCGGCCCCACUGGAUACACAAGCCUAACAAGUAUUAUAAAAUGAAGUGAAUGCUGUCAACUUCAUCAUGGAAUUGUUUGCCUUUAUUGUGUCGUAUCGUAGUUAACUAGCUCAAUGUUUUGUUACAUGUGUAAGAUAUGUAUGUACAUAGGAAUAAUAAAUGGAGUUCGAAAGAUACACCAUCCGCUGAGACUUUUGCCACCACUGUAUAUGGAUAAAACCAAAGUUGGAUAAGAAAUGUUAAAAGUAUUUGCUUUGUAUCGUAUCACUUAACUGUAAUUGUAUUGUAAUUGCUAUAUAGUUUUAGUAUAAACUAUUAAACAUGCAUAAUAUAUAUAAAAUUAUAGAACGAA